GUCCUCCCGACUCCUCUUCUUCGUUGGUGCCAUUGCCAUGUUUGCGGAAGCUCGGUAACAGCACCUAGCCUUCUUGGUGCUUGUGACUUUUUCUGUGUAUACUGUUUGUAGCUGUGUUUUAUAAUCCAACAUGAAUCUACCGAAGGGACCCGAUUCUUUGUGCUUUGACAAAGAUGUUUUUAUGAAGGAUGACUUUGACGUUGACCAGUUUGUGGCAGAGUGUCGAAAGCAGGUCCAGCUGGAGGAGAUGAGAGAGGACCUGGAACUAUACUAUAAGCUGCUGAAGACGGCUAUGGUGGAGCUCAUCAACAAGGACUAUGCCGACUUUGUUAAUCUAUCCACCAACCUGGUGGGGAUGGACAAAGCCCUUAAUCAGCUCUCUGUGCCAUUGGGACAGUUACGAGAGGAGGUCAUGAGUCUGCGGUCCUGUGUGAGUGAGGUGAUCCAGGCUAUAGACAACCAGCUUUACAAACAGGAAGACCUGCAGAAAAAAAAGGGGUGUGUAUUGAGGUUAAUUCAGGUGGUGCGCUCAGUGGAGAAGAUUGAGAAGAUCCUCCACUCACAGAACUCCAAGGAAUCGAAUUCUCUGGAAGUCAGCAGCCCCUUGUUAGCAGGUCAGAUUCUGGAGAGGAUUGCCACAGAAUUCAACCAGCUGCAGUUCCACGCUGUACAGAGCAAAGGCAUGCCCCUAUUGGACAAAGUCAGACCUCGUAUUGCAGGUAUCACCUCCAUGCUGCAGCAGUCUCUGGAGGGCCUGCUGAUUGAGGGUCUGCAGACGUCUAAUGUAGACAUGGUGCGGCACUGCCUGAGGACAUAUGCCACCAUAGACAAGACUCGAGAUGCUGAGGCCCUUGUAGGUCAGGUUCUGGUCAAACCAUACAUGGACCAGGUGAUAGUAGAGGAGGUGGUGAAGUCCAGUCCGAAUGGUCUCCAGCUAAUGUAUGCAAGACUAUUGGAGUUUGUUCCUCAUCACUGUAGACUGCUUAGAGAGGUGACUGGAGGAGCCAUAUCAAGUGACAAAGCUGACACAGUGCCGGGUUAUGAUUUCCUGGUGAACUCUGUGUGGCCUGAGAUGGUCAAAGGGAUAGAGGAGAGGCUGGCCUACCUGUUCAACCCCGGAAACCCCGACAUAUUCUAUGAGCGUUACAGCACGAGUAUGGAGUUUGUGCGGAAGUUUGAGCGUCAGUGCAGCUCGCAGGCCAGUGUGAAGAGACUGAGAGUACACCACACAUAUACCAGCUUCCACAACAAAUGGAACCUGCCAGUCUACUUUCAACUACGGUACAAGGAAAUCGCAGGAAGUCUAGAGAACGCCAUAAGUGAUGGACUAGAAGCAGCACCAGCCAGCAGUGCAUACCACCUGCAGGUGUCUGAGGUGUUGUGGUCCUGUCUAGUGAGAUGUUGGUCAGACAAAGUCUACCUGUCACCUCUGGCCCAUCGCUUCUGGAAGCUCACACUGCAGCUCUACGCACGAUACGCCAAGUUUCUUGACGAGGUGUUGACUAAAACUCCACCUCCUGAAGUGAGUAAAGAGCCAACCAGGCCUCUACCAAGCUCGGCCUCCUCCACCUCCAGUCGAACAUCAAUGGACGAGGGCGGCAGUGAGAGUGGGAGUCCUACCUCCCUGUCCACCAAACAACUGGUCUACAUUGCAGCUGACAUCCAAAAGCUGCAGGAGAAGAUUCCAGAGUUGUCAGAGAUGGUCAGACAGCGGUUAGAAGCCAUCGGAUUCAAAAACUUUGCCACUGUGGAGGAUGCUUUAUCAGACUCCAAGGUUUGCCUGUCAAGUAGCAUUCCCACUCUGAACACCAAGAUGACCCAACAUCUUACUGAACGCAGUUGCCGCUUCCUGAAGAGUGCCUCUGAGGUUCCACGACUCUACCGCAGGACUAAUAAGGAACUACCGGUGCGAGCAUCAGCCUACAUGGACAAUGCUUUACGCCCGUUGCAUCAGUUGCUGACUGACUCAACGGGUCUGGUCAAUCCCUCCACUGCACUAGAGUGGCUACGAGUUGCACUGUCUGAGUGCACACAGAGGUACUAUGAGACCAUCUCAGAGGUGCUGAGCUCCGUGAGAAAGAUGGAGGAGAGUCUGAAGCGACUGAAGCAAGCCAGAAAAGGUGCAAAUACGACUACCAUGGCAGGAGCAAAUGGUGGACCCACAGAUGACAGCAAGAUCCGACUUCAACUGGCGCUGGAUGUGGAAUACCUGGGGGAGCAGAUCCAGAAGAUGGGUCUUCAGCCAGGUGACAUCUCCAUGUUCUCCACUCUGAUGGACCUUGUGAAAGAGGCUCGAGAGCUCGCUGAACAGAACCAGUAAAACAGGUGACUCCAUAGUAUCUGAAACCUGUUAACGUGAUGCACUCAUCUGUGCAUUUCCUGAAGACUUGUGAAGGGAAAAAAAAACAGUUGUCCCAGAUCAAAGUCAACAGUUUAUGAUGAUCAGAACGGGAAGAAUGUACAGGGACGGAUACUACUGAAAUCCUUCGUCAACCACAAAAACAUCUCUACUUAACGCCAACCAUAGAGCCACAGUGCACAAACAUUUUACCCAUCUCAUCAAGCAGUAAAUUGUUGUUGGAAUCAGCAGACGGUCUGUGAGUGAGACUGGAUCAUCACUGGUACAGAAUCAGAAAUACUUUACUGAUCCCUUGGGGAAAUUGGGUUCGUGUUGGGUUCUCCGACUUGAACAAAAGGUUAUAUGUUGAUGAAAUGUUUCUAACAUGACGCUGGAUGUCGGUCAUAUAAGCUGCUCUGUGGCAAGGUAUUGCACCGACAUCUGUCAGUGUGUAACAUGUACAUUUUUGUUUAAAUCAAAGUUGUAUAAUAUAAUAUGUUUAACAUAAUAUAACAUAAUUUGGGAAUAAAAUAAAUUUCUCUGAUACAAUGUUGAAUUUUUGUUUUAAUACAGCUAGAGGGUUCUAAACACUGUGUACAAGCCAAAUUUCAAUAACAAAUUACUGCUACAGAUUGAUACACAAAAAACUUUGUAUACCACAAAUAUACAAAGUUAAACUGCUGAAUCCAGUCAUCAUUCAUCAAAACUGAUAUUUAUAUUUCCAUAUGAUUUCACACAUAACAUUGUUUGUACACAUAUAUUUUUAAUAUUUCUAAGAUAUACAGUAUAAGGUGCUACUGCAACCAGGCAUCAUUAAACCUUUGUUAGAGAUGUUAUAUAAAUAUAUAAAGCAGAUUUUGUAAUAUGGGCAUUCUAUUUAUUAUCUGGUUUUAGCUGCAAAGUUAUAUUAAUUGUAUGAAAGGGUCACUACAUUAUUCUGCAAGUAAUUAAUAUUUUUAAGCGCAGUUUGUGGGAGGCAGGAUUUUGGAUGAGAUAUGAUCUGUGAUUAGCCAUCUAAGAAAUUGUAAUUUUAUGUUUUAACUUGAUUUUUAAAAGAAAAUCAGUUGCUCUACAGUAGUUGAUGAGAUGUUUCCUAAAAUAAGUAAUUGUUUAAAUUAUUAUCCUUUUCUCAUCUCCUCAGCAGUAAAUGACAAAAUCACUAGAAAGCUGAAUGACCUCAGCUCAGCAUUUCCCUGUAGUCCAGUUUUGUAGACGUCUCUCUCUCUCCUGACCUGUUUGUGUGACUAAUAUUGUUGCAAAACUCAUCUGCAGCAUUGAAAUGUCAACAAUGAGAAACUUUGAUAAAAAAAUAUGACAUUUUAACCAUGUUGGGAUACAAAUGUUUUAUUACAGCAGUCACAAAUUACAACAGAACAAAAAUAAACUCUUAGUUACAAUAUACAACAUCAAUCAUUCAUCAUAGAGAAUUGUGGUUACUGUACCUAAUAUGCUGAAAAAUACUGUACAGAACUUUGCUAUAAUAAAUUUAACAGGAAAAAAAAA